CUGGAUUGUUUACCUUUUGGUAGCAUUCACCAGACGUGGACUCUUUGCAGCGGUUGUUUGUUAAUCGUCGUACCAUUCGAUAUCAAACACACAACAUGGAGCGUACUACGACGACAGCAGUCCUUUUCCUUUUGGCCGUCCUCACCGUCGAAGGUGUUUCUAUCACCAAACGUCAGGUGGGUUUCGUCGGUGGUUUCUCACCCGCCAAAGUGGAUGAUUCUGACGUUCUGAAGAUGGCUGAUUUUGCUACGACGGCUGUGUCGGCCAGUAGUAACUCGGGACCCCUUAAGCUGAUCAAAAUUGUGAAGGCAGAAACACAGGUUGUUGCCGGAACCAACUACAAGUUAAAUCUUGAACUGGCAAAUACAAACGCAGGAGAAAAUGCUGCACCCAUCCCUUGCGAAGUCGUCAUUUUCGAUCAGCCCUGGACCAAUACUCGCAAGAUGAUCAGAUCUUCUUGCUCACCGAAAAGAAAAACAACCAGGCAGAUUCCCGGGGGUUCAUCUACGCUACCCGGUGGGUUCACCUCACUUGAUGUAAAUUCCAAGAACGUAAAAGAAAUCGCCUCCUUCGCUACCACCGCCAUCUCUGCAAACACCAACUCGGGGCCUGUUACUUUGAUCAAAGUCAUCAAGGCUGAAUCCCAAGUAGUAGCCGGAACAAAUUUCAAGCUUACGAUGGAGUUGGAUCCGGUUGAAGGAGACAAUAUCCUCUGCGAAGUGGUUGUGUUCGAUCAGCCCUGGACCAACACCCGCAAACUGAGCGAGUCUAAAUGCUUCCCAGUUAAAAACUUGUUAGUCAAGGUUGCUGAAGUUCCGCACAGUGACACUCAAGUGAAGACAGCCAGAAAGUAAACUGCUGCAGUGCAGUCAAUUUCCAUAAAUGUCUUUGUUGUUUUUAUAUGUUUUUCUCAAGAAUAAUCUUGGUGAUUUUUUAUUUUGAAAUUUUCAAUCCAUAUAGCACAAACUCGGAUUUUUUAAGACCAUUGUAUUCGCCAUUGCGCAGUGUUUUUCCGACGUAAUACACGUUUUCAUAUCGA